AUGUCGAAUUUGCACGAUUUAUUAGCGCUGAAUACGUUACCGAUCACCGAGAUCUACGUUGACGAGCUCAGAAAGCUUUUGAAGAGUGGUAUCCCCGCCACAUACACUUUAGAACAGGCUGCUUCCCACGAGGCCGGUCGCGAUGAGGACGAAGACACGGGAUCAAACACGACGCCUCUACACAUACUAGUGCGUUCACUGCCAUCAAAAUUGAGCGAGGAUGAGACCAAAGUGGUCCUACAAAUGAUGGAUGUGUUGUUCGAGUACGGUGCCGGUUGGAACUUUUUAGAUUACCAAAACAAGAGCCCAGGUGAUGUGCUAUGGGAAAAGGGUUUCCGCACGGGAAACCCACUCUACGAGCGUAUAGUUGAAGCCGGCGUUUCUGCUGAGCUACUGCUGAGACGUUUGGACGAGAAUAUAGAAUUUCUCUCCGAAGAUGACGAACCAGUGGACGAAGAGGAGAGUGACGCCGGAGAAACGAUCGAUGCCCAGAUCACACAGGCACAAGACGUUGAAGAGGCGCCCAGAGACACUGCAGAGCAUCAAGAUGAGUACCUGAAAGCCAAAUUGGAGUACACUGACAACUCACUUGUGACUCAGGAAAACAGAGACGGGGUAAUGAUGGACUGGGAAACAGACAUCAUGCGUCUAGCACGCGAUUCGCUAUUUAAGUACGCCGGGAAGGAGCCUGUGGUUCUUAACAUCGGUUUUGGUAUGGGUAUUAUUGAUACCCUAAUCCAAGAGCAGAGCCCAUACAAGCACUAUAUCUGCGAAGCCCAUCCAGAUGUGCUGGCUCGUAUGCGUGAGGAUGGCUGGUUCGAGCGCGACAACGUUGUUGUCCUAGAGGGCCGUUGGCAAGAUACGUUGUCUGCUCUUCUAGACGAGGGCACUGUCUUCUUUGAUGCCAUCUACUACGACACGUUUAGCGAGCAUUACUCCGACAUGCUGGAACUCUACGACAACGUGGUAGGACUACUGAAGCCCGAAGGAGUUUUCUCCUUCUUCAACGGUCUCGGAGCCGAUAGACGGGUAUGUUACGACGUUUACAGACGCAUUGUGGACGUAGAUGUCAGGAACUACGGCAUGAAAUGUCAUUUCACAGCCAUCCCACUACCAGAAAAGCCUGAUUGGGAGAAUGUGCGUCGCUCUUACUUUUCAUGCGACACCUACUUUCAUCCGGAGAUACGCUUUGCCUGA